GAUUCAGUUCUGUCUUGAACCUACUUUGUGUUGCGUCUACAAUUUCAACAAGCUCUUACGCUACAGAGCGUCCAAAUCUAUAAAAACGUGCAUUUUUUUAAAUGCCGCGCAAAGAAUUGUGCAAACAAAACUUUUGAAAACCGAAAUCGAAUAAAAUAUUUUGGCUAAGCCAAAGGUGUCUAUAGAAAAACUGUGCGAACAAAUUUGUUACAGCCACAAACGUUAAAUUUUGAAUGGUGCCAGUGUUAGUUAACGACUCGAAAAUUGCUAAAUACACUUCCAAAAUCUAUACUAAAUCUAACAAUCGCAGCAAGCUGCAGCUCACACAGCUAUUUUUCAUAAUCAACCAUUUCAAUCUAAACUGUAAGUUUUCUCCGUUUUACCCAUUUGUCGAAAUGGCUUUGCCGCAGGGAGCCUAUGCGGCUUGUAAAUUACGUGAGCAGUUCCAGGAGAAAGACAUGAUUGUCUCACGCCUAAGAGCUGCGAACAUUUCUGAUAAAAUUGACAAUAAUGCACAACGUGAAUACUCGCCGGCCAAGUACAAUGAUAAGCUAAUGAAUUCCAUUUGGGGCCUCUACAAUCGCUAUUCGCCACACAAUGUCAAGAAGAACGAGUACGCCCCGCCCAAAUUCUAAUUAAAACUGGCGGCGCAACAGCUCCCCUAUUGAGCUGUUGCGCCUCCAUUGCAGCCUCUGCCUGAAGACGUUUAAUUGUUUUUUGGGCUAUUGGCUAAUGCUGCUUGCUGCACAGGCACACGCACACAUAUAUACGCACAUACUUACACGUAAUAUAUAAACACUAUAUAAUCUCCACAUAUAUACUCAAUUAUAUAACAACAAAAACAUUGAAAAUUAUAAA